UAAAACCAAACCUUCUGUAGUUGGCUACCUGCUGCAUCAGGGUUUACUCGCUCAGUUUGACACCAUGGUCUCUGCAGCACUGCUAGUUGUGCUGUGCACAUUGCCCUCCCUGGCUCAUGCUGCAUGCUUGAGUACUCAGCGGGCACCAGAAAUGGACCGGGCCUGUAGGGACUUCGAUAAUAGCUUGCACGAGGUAGGGAGCAAGUGGAGAGUACACUGCAUGGACUGCACCUGCUCUGCCUCUGGGAUCCACUGCUGCGAUGUUUUGCCAACUAGCAUAUCGUUUCCUGAUGACUGCAAGGAGGUGUAUGACGAGGCAAACUGCAAGCGCUAUGCAGUAAGGAAGGAUGAUCCAUCCAUUAAAUGUCGAAUUACUGGAGGAAUUGGAAAGUGAUAGGCCUACAUUUGAUCAGUAUUUUGAUCGAAAAAAAAUAUUGAUCGGAAGAAAUGUGAUAAUGUUGUAAAUGGUUCAAAAUGUAUCAAAUGUGUUAAAAAAUAAAGAAAUGUAUUGUUUCUGUCUAUUUCUUAUUCUCUAAAUAAAAAGGAUAGACACUUGUUGAAAAA